AUGUCUACCCUGAAACGCAAGGCGAAUGAUAUUCCUGCAUCUGACUCUGAGCGACUCAAGCGUGCGCGAGUAGAAAGCGAUGAGACCAGAACAUUGACUGCUGCUCCGCUUCAGGCGGCAAAGACUGCGGUUGAUUCUGGGAAGAACCAGAAUAAAAAUAUGGCGCCUGCAGUCAAGAGGAGGAAACUGGCUCCUCCGCGUCCAUAUCCGACGGUUCCUGCGUCCGUGAACGCCACCGGACCUCGUUCAACGCAUCACGAGGGAAAGAACUAUAUCGCUGUCACACGAAAGACUAAGCUCGCCGCAUACUUGCGAAGAUGCAAGGAUCUUGUAAUCAAAGACGGGUACAAGUCACUACACCUCAACGCUCUCGGUGCCGCUAUACCACAUCUGACUCUGCUUGCGACGUCGCUGCCGAGCGUACUGCCAUACCCUCCAGACGAAUUGCGGAUGGACAUUCUCACUGGCACGGUCACAGUUCAAGACGAGAUCAUCCCGGACGAUGAAGACGAGGACAUCGGCUACGAGAAGCGCGAGAAAUCUACGCUCAGUGUCGUCCUCACCAUUGGAGACGGUGUUGACGAGCCUGUUGCCGGUGGAGCAAACUGGGGUCCGCGGGGCAAGCGGCGUAGGAAGGGGCUUGCUCAACAGUCGAAGAUAUCGGACAACGCAGCGCGUGCGGGCGAGGCAGUUAUGGAUACCACCUGA